AUGGAAUGGAGCCGACUCGUUGCAGCAGCCAGCGCUGGGGACGGGAUGGCAGUCGACCACCUGAUCGAAGCACGCUUGAAGGGGGAGCUUCCACCAAGCGAAGAGCAGGCCUUUGAAGAGAGUUGCUUCCUGUAUUGGUUCCGUGAUGGGCCGUAUUCUCAAGAGGCACGGAAGAAUGCAACCUCUCAUGACCCCGAGGAGAGCAACCUGAGCCGUGACAAGAAUGCCAGCCGUAUGGACUUUCGGUUCAUAGAGGCCUCCCACAUGUCACGGCUCCUCGGCCUCGGUUUGGAAGGGUCCUGGGACGUCUCUGUGACUUUCCACCCCCACAGUUCGAACAAGGUUCGUGUCCAUAUUGUUGAGGAGCCUGAAGCCCCAAAAGUUGAUUGGUACGCCCAGUCGCGUGCUUGGCAGAGGUCUGGAUACAAGCUCGUGCGGGAGUGGAAGCGGGCGAGGGUGGCGAGCGUGAGGCAGAACCUGUCGAUGCAAGCCUUUCAGAAACGUGGGCAGCUCGCGAGGAGCGUGAGCUACAUCAUCCAGUGUUUCAGUUCGACUUCCAAAGGAACGUCAAGAAGCGCCGUGGCUGACCUGACCCUCAAAGCUUCGCUCGGAGAAACAGACGAAGAGGAUCCUGGCAGCAGUACAAACAUCUUGCGCGUGCUCCUCUCUGCCACAUGUACAGCAACAAAUGAGUUGGGCGGACAGGUGAGUCACAGGGGCCAGAUCGACCUCUACGGAGGCAGCUUUUGCAGCUUGGCGGAUUGGUCGGUCAAAGAGUCUGCAAAGUUGGACGUUCCCGACAGCUGUGAUGCUCAUCAUGGUGCGUCCACCCUGAGAUGUAACCGACUGGAUGACCUCUCGGGAGUUGGGGACGUGUCCGACAUGCAGCUUGACACGAUGUGGCUUCUCCAAGACAAGGGGAUGCACACUUUUCGGGCAUCGGUCAAGCACGAGCUUGAGGUGGCACGAGAGAGCCGCAAGAGUAAGCUGCUAGGCCGGGUCUCUCGGCUGUUCCAGGACCCCGUGUCAUCGGUCCUGUCGGGGGUCGCAAAAGUCCCGAGGCUUCUCAUGGAGAUGACGCCAGCUUACAAUGGCCAGGAGGACUACUCGCUGCUGGAAACAAAAUCGAUCAGCGACUGGAUGUUUCUCGCAGACCUGCCCGAUGCUGCCGCAUUUGCCAAGGCUUCUUUGGAGGUCGAUCGCCUCCUGAAGCCCUUGCAGACAGAGCAGGAGGCCUGUGGAAAGGAGGUUGCAGAGGCCCGUCGGAGGCUGUCAACAUACAUGCAAAGCUGGCUGCUUUCUACGAAGUAA